UUUUCUUUUUUUUUGCUUCAUGGGUUGACAUUGGGGUUUGGAAAGAGGGAGAUGGGAAUGAGAUGGUGGCGAUGGCUGAUUUACAAGAGGAGGCCAUGGGAUCCGUAGAAUUGGAGGACGGAAGCUGGAAGCGGCGCGCACGAGUGAGCCCUGGCAUACCUUCUUCUGCUUCUGCUUCUGCUUCUUCGGCCACGAUAAAUCUAUUCGGAAGAAAAUCGUUUUCCAUUUGUUGGGUCUCGACUCUCAACUGGAUGUUGAUCUUGCUUGGUUCAGUUUGGCUUCGGGAGCUUCCGGCUUCGAAGGUGAGUUUUUCGUGUAUUUUGGUAGAAAAACACUGAAUAAAGCAAAUCAAAGCAGCAGCAGCAGGAGCGAAGGAAGAAGAAGAAGAAGAAAAGAUAAAAGAGACCCGAAUCCCGACCCGAACCGCGAUUCCGGUUUGGGCCGUAUACGGGUCGGGUCUCCUGUCGGGCCGUACCAAGCACAGCUCAUGAAUGCUUCAGUUCGGGUCAGGAAACUUCUCGGAAACUUCUCGCAUGACUCAAGGCAUUGACUAUAUUUACUCAAGGGAUAUUCGGAGAUUCUUCCCCCUCCAUGACGCCAGAGACUGAGCGCUCAUCAUAUUGACAGCCCUCACUUGGAUUUAAGCACACCCAAAGCAAACUUUCCUGAGAUAUCUGGUGUUUAGAGAUCCUUCCAUGGAGAAAGGCACAAAUUCACAGCUAUCAUCUGGAUCUACAUACGAGGUUUUUCUAAAUUUUCAAGGAGCGGAUACCCGUCAUGGAUUUACUGAUUUUCUUUACCGUGGGAUGGUUGGUGCUGGAAUCCUUGUCUUUAGGGAUAGUGAAUCCCUCCAUGUCGGUGAAGAAAUUGGUGCUGAACUUCUACAAGCAAUUGAGAACUCCAAGAUUUAUAUUCCCAUAUUCUCCGCAAAUUAUGCUUCAAGUUGUUGGUGCCUCCGAGAGCUUGCGUACAUGGUCGAGUGCACCUCGAAAUCAAAUGGGACCAAGGAGAUUCUACCUAUUUUCUUGGAUGUGGAACCUGCUGAUGUCAAGCUGAAAACAAACUUGUAUAAACAAACUCUUUCAAAGCGCCAGAAGACGUUGUGCAUUGAAGCAGAGUCAUGGCAAAAGGCUCUCAUUGCAGUGGGCAAGAUAAAAGGAUGGAACCUGAAGAAAGAUGAAAGUAACAUCUUGAGCAGCUUCACCAAGCCGCCAGCCAGCCACCAUUGCAACUCAUCCAUCAAUCAUUGCCAUUUCUUUAUCGCCAGCCUGACACUAGACAUCCAGAACCUGCCGCAACUAUCCAAGCUCCCAUCCUUUCUAUCCUUCACUCACUGGCAAGUCAGAUCCAUGUUGGGUCUGACAUCACCUUGCCUAUAUCCGGCAUUGCUAGCCUUGGGGACCCCAAAUCUGGUGUCUCCUAAAGCUGGACGCCAUCUUGGCGAUCGCAAGGCCGUGACCUGUGUGGUGUGGAGGAUUGAGAUAAGACUAAGAUGGUGGGUCAAUCGGGUGUGUUAGUCAAGGACUCUGGGAUGCAAUGGUGACGGUGUAGGGAUGCAAGUGAUGUGAACAAUGGCAUGAUGGUGGUAGGGGCCAACGGUGAUGGUGACUGAAGUUGGGGAGUGGAGAGAGAUUGAAAAAAUCAGAAAUUUUUAGCAUCUAUUUUUUUUUCUCGCUAAUUUCCUCAACAUGUGAGGGCAAUUGAGUCACUUGAGGAGUAGCUUUUUACAACAUAAAAGUUGUCCUUAACACGGUUGUUAUGUCAUGGCAGCCAAGUAGAUUUGAUCCAAUUGGUAAUUGAAGCUGUUUUGGUUAAGCUGAAUGUCAGAUAUAAAAAUGUGACUGAGCACCUAGUUGGAGUUGAUGAUCGUGUAGAAGCUAUAAUUAAGAUGUUGGAUGUGGAAUAUGAUGGUGUGAAAUUUCUCGCGAUCCAUGGAAUGGGAGGCGUUGGCAAAACAACACUAACCAAAGUCAUCUUCAACCGAUUGUCUUCUCGGUUCCAAGGCUGCAAUUUCCUUUCGGAUGUUCGAGAAUCAUCAGAAAGACAUGGCUUGGUUCAUUUGCAAAAACAAUUGUUAUCCAAGUUCCUCGAUCGUUGUUAUGUUGACCAAAUUAGUGAAGUGGAUCAUGGAAUCGAUAUGAUUAAGAGGGUACUUCAUAAUAAAAAAGUUCUCAUUGUUCUUGAGGACAUGGAUGAAAACAAGCAAUUGAAAAAUUUGGCAGAAAAAGGAAAUUGGUUUGGUUCUGGUAGUCGGAUUAUCAUUACUACUAGAUACAAAAGUGUCCUAAUGAUUGACGGAGAAGCGACAAGUGAAAGUCCUAUAAAGUGUGCAAAUGUUUUGACUUAUGAAGUACAUGAAAUGGAAUUUCACCAUGCUCUUAAGCUUUUCAGUAGGCAUGCCUUCAGGAGAGACUCUCCACCCAAUGAUUAUGUCUCCCUUUCAGAAAAGUUGUCUCCACUCUGGGAAAGCUUCCUUUAGCUCUUGAAGUCACUGGUUCAUCCCUUUCCGGUAGAUCCAAAGAAUUUUGGGUAGACACUUUGAAGAAGCUAGAAAAAGCUCCUUUUAUAGAAGUCCAAAAAACAUUGAUGAUAACUUAUGAAAGGUUAGAUGAUGUACAAAGGCAAGUAUUUUUGGAUAUAACUUGUUUUUUUGUUAAUGAGGAUAAAACCUACCCUUGCUACAUGUGGGAGGACUGUGAAUACCACCCGUACAAUGCCAUUGAAAUCCUCUGUCUCAUGUCCUUGAUAAAAAUCAAAGAUGACAAUACCAUUUGGAUGCAUGAUCAAGUGCGGGACCUCGGAAGGGCAAUCGUUCGUGAAGAGAAUUUCAAAGAACCUCACAAGCGUAGCCGAGUGUGGAAUCAUCAGGAAGCCUUGAGCAUUUUGGAGCAGAAAAAGGGAAGCAAGAAGAUAGAAGCAUUGUCACUAGGAUCUCGUGGAGUCAUCAUAACGCCUAGUGAAGUUGCUAAUUUACGACACCUGAGGUUCUUGGAUGGGAAUGAGAUGUUCCUUGUUGGAGACUUCAAUAAUCUUCUCUCCAAUUUAAGAUGGCUUUCUUGGCGAUGGUGCCCUUUCGAGUUUGUGGCAACAAACUUUCAUCUGGUCAAUUUAAUCAUUCUUGACCUUUCACACAGCUAUGUAUCAGAGAAAUGGAUUGGCUGGAACCAAAUCAGAGUGGCAAGUAAACUAAAAGUACUAGAUCUCAGCAAUUGCAACGACUUAAUGAGAACGCCUGAUUUAUCUAUGUUGGUGUCCUUGGAGAGAUUGAUUCUUGAAGGUUGUUGCAAUUUAAUUGAAAUUGACCCUUCCAUUGGAAAAUUAAAGCUUCUCACUGCUUUAAACUUGAAUGGAUGUCACGCUCUUGAAGGGUUGCCUUACGAAAUAGGAUGUCUAGAUGCUUUGACGGAGAUUCUCAUGCCUUGUUCGUCGUAUGCAUUCAAACUUCCGGAGACAAUUGGUAAUUUGAAGUCAUUGUUGACCCUUGAUGUAUCACAUAGUAGGAUCCGCAUGCUACCAGACUCAAUUGGAGGGCUGGUGAAACUUAGGCGGUUGAAUUUAUCUAAGUGUUCAAAGAUAAAGCAACUUCCAGACUCGGUUGGGCAAUUACAAUCAUUAGUUGAGUUGGAUUUGUCAUCAACAAGUUUGGGACACCUACCUGAUUCAAUCGGCUAUCUAAAGCAAUUGACAGUACUUAGGAUGAGCCACAUAAUUGGGAUAACAAAAUUACCAAGAGCGAUUGGGCUGGUGGAGAAGCUCGAAGAGUUAGAAGCUAGUGGAUGUCACCACUUGACCGGCGAAAUCCCUGAAGAAAUUGGGAGGUUGUCUCGUUUAAGGAUCUUAGACUUGUCAUUCACACGUAUAUCUAGAAUACCCAUCACUGUGUAUUACCUCUCUAAUCUCCAAACACUUAAUCUAGAAUCAUGUUAUAAGCUUAAUGAGUUGCCGCAGCUUCCCCCAAGUUUGAGAUGUCUAAGGUGGGCCUUUGAUACUCUCAAGUUCUUUGGAAACAGGACAUAUAUGCCGGAGGGGGACUCUGCUUAUCACUCUAGCAUCGUACCCUUACAUGAGGUGGAAGAACUAGCAUUUGGCAAAACCCGGCGAUUCUGGCCCCAGCUCCUGUCUUCUAGUUUAAGAGAGUUUGAAGUUGGAAAUCUGUCAAUUACAUCACAGACUUCUAGUUUAAGAGAGUUUGAAGUUGGAAAUAUGUCAAUUACAUCACAGACGGAUUGUUCCCUUUUGAGCAACUUGUCAACCUUGCGAUUACAAAGUUGUUCGAUAUCAGUUUUCCCUGAGGAGGAAAAGGUCGAGUGCUUCUUUUUUCGGAUCAAGUAGAGAUGAUGCAAUUACAAAAAGAGCAAAGGGAAUCGUUUCUAUGGCAAACGAAAAGAUUGAGGCAUUUAGAGAUGCGUACGUGCGAGUUCUCCUCAAGAGCACUUCGUCUAUCGCACAUGAAGAUUCUGGAAGAGGUAAAUCUGUUCAGAUGCUCCUUGUUAGUCGAGAUCUGGGGCCUUGAAGAACUGGGAUCCCUUUGCUUCCUAUCGAUUGUGGAUUGCAGUUCCAUGGAAAGGAUGUCAAACCUAUCGAAAUUGAGAAAGCUAAGGAAGCUUAGGGUAGGAGAAUGUCCAAAGCUAAGAAGCGUGGAAGGUCUAAAUCACUUGGAAUCUUUACAGAAGUUGUGGAUUCACGAUUGCUGCUCGUUGGAGAGUUUGGCCGACACCUCAAAUUUGCGUUUAGAAUGUUCCACAAUUGAACAUUGCGAGCGGUUGCCCAACCGUAACAGUUAUUGUAGAUGUCAUGACAAUGGAGAUUCAGUGUUUACUGAUCCUGCCCAUGCUAGGUAUUUUUGAGCUGGUUACACUGAGCCCGACCUGAUGAAAGUCCGUUGAAUUCGGAUGGUCUGAAGAAGCUUUUCCCAUGACAACAUUGGGAACAAGUACGACCCAUUAAGAUCAAAAGCCAAUUUGAAGAUGAGAUGAUGUAGAGAGAAGUACGUUGAGAAGAUUGGCCCAAUGACCUCGACCAAGAAUGACCAGAAUUCAGUGACUUUCAUCCCCAUUCUCUUUUUGUUAUCGUAAGUAGAUAUGAAUUUUACAGGUCGUUACCAUAUUCUCGUCAUUGGCUGGAUACGACUUUGUUAUAACCAUGGAGUUUCCGUCCAGCAUGCUCGCGUAGCAUCUGCAUUUCCUCAAACUUUCCAUUUCCUGGUAAUCAGUCUCGGCUCUGUUUUCUUCUUAAUUUGGAUAUGAAGCAGAGGCCCAGGGCUCUAGCUCCAGCCUGUGUGAAAAUCGGCUGCCAUUGAGGCUCUAUUAAUUAUCUGAACUUCCUGCGCUGCCUUUGUGGUAAUCAGGAUGUGAAUCGUUGCUUUACUUUUGCAUCUAAGCUCCUCUGCUGAAUAUCACAUCUUUGAUGAAAAUGCCUGAACGGAGAAUUUCCUUCACUACUAAACUGUCGAUCGAAUUUGGUCAUAUAGGCCUAUUUUGAAGAAAGUGAGCUAGAUCCAUAUGUGUUCGAUUAUGUAAUGCUGGCCGAGAACCUCAUGUAUAAAAUUGAAUCGAUCCCAAUGUGUUUUUCGCUGAAUUCAUAUGAAACCAAAGUGAUUCCUAUA